AAACAAUACAAAUAUUGGAUUAAAGUGAGACCAAAAAAAAACAGAGUUUUAAAAGAGUACUUUAUUAAAGUGAAUUGUGUUGAAGAUUUAAGCUAGAAAGCAAAAAGUGACUAGUUCUGGUAAUAUUAAAGCCAUGUUGUUCCAAAGUGUGCAGCCAAACUAAAGCAGGGAUACAACCGAUUCAAACAGGACAUCCGAAUCAUCAAUCUCAGCUCGAAUCGCAUUUAGUUUGCGGACUUUAAUCACCAGAAAUGGAGGACGAACUGCGCUGCCCCACGUGCAAGCAGCUGUACGCCAACCCGGUGCUGCUGCCCUGUUUCCACGCCCUCUGCUUGGGCUGUGCCCUGGACAUCCAGACGCCCUACAGUCCGGGAUCGGCUCUUCCGGGGGCUGUCAACGGAUCGGGCGGAUCCUCUGCAGCGGGACACAAUGGGAUGCAUGGAAACGGAGGUGGUAGCGGCGGCGGCGGAGGAGGAGGAGGAGCUGCCUCCGGCACAAAUCCCGGAGGUCCAGGGACCCGUCACAGCUCCCAUAGUUCGGCUGCCAGCACGGCCAGCUCCAAUACCGGAAGUGAGAGCGUCACCUCCGACCAGGAUCAGUCGGACAAGGUGAGCAUCUUCAGCGAGGCGGACUCCGGAGUGGUCUGCUGCUCCAACACCUCGCGACCAGUGUCCUAUGCCGGAACUGGACUGCUGCCGGGAGUGGGCAACGUGGUGGCUCCGCCCGGAGCGGCCUACUGCCUCACCUGUCCCCUCUGCCGCAAGCUGGUCUUCUUCGACGACGGGGGCGUUAGGAAUCUGCCCACCUACCGCGCCAUGGAGGCCAUCGUGGACCGCUUCUGCGCCCGGGAGGCCCUUCGCUGCCAGAUGUGCGAGACCGAUCCCAAGGUCGCUUCGUUGGUCUGCGAGCAGUGCGAGAUCCGCUACUGCGACGCCUGCCGGGAGCUGACCCACCCGGCCCGCGGGCCGCUGGCCAAGCACACACUGGUCAAGCCGCGUGGCGCCGCCCAGCAGAGGGAGUCUGUCUGCGGGGAGCACGAGGAGACCCUCUCGCAGUACUGCCUUAGCUGCAAGGCACCCGCCUGCGGGUUGUGCAUCGGGGAGCUGCGCCACCAGGCCCACGACAUCCAGUCCAUCAACGUCACCUGCAAGGCCCAAAAGACGGAGCUCUCGCACAAUCUGCAACAAUUGUCGGAGAAGGCACGUUCCACGACCGAGUUCAUCCAGCGCCUCAAAGGCAUGAGCGACAAAGUUACGGAAUCCUGCAUGGAGUUCGAGCGACUUGUCCACGCCCAGUGCGAGGCUCUGAUUCAGGCCAUCCACGACAGACGCGAAUAUCUGCUGGAGGCGAUUCGCAAUGACAAGGACACCAAGAUCAGGAUACUGAAGGAUCAACAGUCAAACUGCACUGGAAAAUUACAGCAGACCACUGGGUUAAUUCAGUUCUGCAUCGAAGCUCUGAAAGAGACUGACAGCGCCGCCUUUCUUCAGGUGGGUUCCAUGCUUAUUAAUCGAGUGACCAACACGGACAUGACCUGGCACCAAGAGGUCACCAAUGCUGCCCCUCGAGUUUCCCCCAUCGUGGAUUUGACCCUCGAUGAUGCUGCUUUGGCACGUGCCAUAGAUAACUUGAACUUUAUCCAGAUGAAAGCCGUCAAAGAUGGAGAUGAAAGAUGUCCGGCAGCACCCAUGACACCAACUAUUCUGCCAUCGGAUUGUUCAGCCGAAAAUAAUUCCGUUACCGUUGCGUGGCAGCCACCAAAUCAUUCAUUUGUCGAGGGCUAUGUCCUGGAAUUGGAUGAUGGCAGCGGUGGAGAAUUUAGGGAAGUCUACUGCGGCAAGGAAACAAUUUGCACCGUGGACGGCCUGCACUUCAACUCGAUGUACAAUGCCCGGGUGAAGGCCUUCAAUUCCGCCGGAGAGGGUGAAUACUCGGAGCUGAUUGGACUGCAGACUGCCGAAGUGGCCUGGUUCACGUUUGAUCCAGUUCUGAGCGGCGGCGCCGGCUCGGGCUUAAUCUUCAGCAAAAGCAACGCCACCGUGAGCGUCGAGGGCUGGGAGCACCGCGUGGCCCUCGGAUCCGUGGGAUUCUCCCGGGGCGUCCACUACUGGGAGUUCACUAUCGACAACUACACGGCGGACACGGAUCCCGCCUUCGGAGUGGCCCGCAUCGACGUGGCCCGCAACAAAAUGCUGGGCAAGGACGAGAAGUCAUUCGCCAUGUACAUCGACCGUCAGCGAUCCUGGUUCCAGCACAAUUCGGUUCACGAGCGGCGAGUCGAGGGCGGAAUUACCACGGGAAGUACGGUUGGAGUGCUCCUGGAUCUGGAGAGGCACACUCUGAGCUUCCUGGUCAACGAGAUGCCCCAAGGAUCGGUGGCCUUCCGGGAUCUCUACGGAGUCUUCUACCCGGCAGUGAGCAUCAACAGGGGAGUCACAUUGACCAUGCACACGGCUAUGGAUGCGCCCAAAAUGGAUUACUUCUAAGGGAGUGCGAAUCGGAAGGGGUCAACAGUAGCAAAUUGUGUACAUAGAGCUUGACAUUUGGCAGUUAUCGGUGUCUAUAUAGCAUUACCUUAAUUCGAACAGUUUACUCAGACAGCUUA